AUGGACAUAUCAUUUGUUGUUGGUGUGGUUUGUCAAUACAUGCAAUCUCCAAAGAAGAUACAUUGGGAGGCAGUUUAUCGGGUCUUGAAGUUUUUGAAAGGAGCUCCAGGGAAGGGGCUUGUCUAUCAUCCCCAUCAGAAUGUUCAUCUGGUUGCCUUCUCUGAUGCUAACUGGGCUGGUGAUGAUAAUGAUAGGAGAUCAACCACCGGAUAUUGCACAUUUGUGGGCAGAAAUCUUGUUACUUGGCGAAGUAAGAAAAAAUCUACUGUUGCUAGUUCCAGUGCAGAAGCUAAGUAUCGAGCCAUGGCUCAUACUGCAGCUGAGUUGAUGUGA